AUGGCUCAGCAGGGAGUUCUGCUGGACCAGGACCAGUUCUGUUGUUCUGUCUGUCUGGAUCUACUGAAGGAGCCGGUCACCAUCCCCUGUGGACACAGUUACUGUAGGAGCUGUAUUGAGGGCUGCUGGGAUCAGGAUGUUCUGAAAGGGGUCUAUAGCUGUCCUCAGUGCAGAGAGACAUUCAUUCCAAGGCCUAAUCUGAGGAAAAAUAACAUGUUGGCUGAGGUGGUGGAGAAACUGAAGAAGACAGGACUCCAGGCUGCUCCCCCUCCUGCUCUGUGCUAUGCUGGACCUGGAGAUGUGGCGUGUGAUUUCUGCACUGGGACCAGAAAGCAGAAAGCCCUCAUGUCCUGUCUGGUGUGUCUGGCCUCUUACUGUGAGACUCACCUCCAACCUCACUAUGAAUAUCCUGCUUUGAAGAAGCACAAGCUGGUCAAAGCCACCGCACAACUACAGGAGAAGAUCUGCUCUGAUCAUGACAAACUGCUGGAGGUUUUCUGUCGUACCGAUCAGCAGUGUAUCUGUUAUCAGUGUACAAUGGAUGAACAUAAAGGCCAUGAUACAGUGUCAGCUGCAGCAGAGAGGACUGAGAAACAGAGGCAGCUGGGGAUGAGUCAGCAGAAAGUCCAGCAGAGAUUCCAGGAGAGAGAGAAGGAGCUGAAGGAGCUCCAACAGGCUGUGGAGUGUCUCAAGCGCUCUGCACAGGCAGCAGUGGAGGACAGUGAUAAGAUCUUUACUGAGCUGAUCCGCUCCAUUGAGAGAAGGCGCUCUGAGGUGAAGGAGCUGAUCAGAGCCCAAGAGAAGGCUCAAGUGAGUCAAGCUGAAGGACUCCUGGAGCAACUGGAGCAGGAGAUAGCUGAGCUGAGGAAGAGAAGCACUGAGCUGGAGCAGCUCUCACACACAGAGGAUCACAUCCAUUUCCUCCAGAGUUAUCAGUCUCUCUCCGGUACCAGUGUAUCUUCAGACUUACCCAGCAUCGUUGUCCGUCCUCUUCAGUUAUUUGGAGAUGUGAGUAAGACUGUGUCUGAACUGAGAGAGAAACUAGAAGACGUCCUUAAAGGAGAAUGGACCAAGAUCUCCACUACAGUGAAUAUAGUGGAUGUUGUACUGCCUCCAGAGCCCAAGACCAGAGAACAGUUCUUACAAUAUUCCUGUCAGCUCACACUGGACCCAAACACAGCAGGCACACGCCUCUCUCUGUCUAAAGGGAACAGAAAGACACAAUAA